AUGUGUCACACCAAACAACACAAAAGUCCCUCGUCUGGAGUUGACAGAAGACAAAAAAUAAGCCAAACGCCUGAUCGCAAACAACACAAUGAACAAAAAGUUUAUUCAGUUGAUACAGAGUUCUUUGUUGACACAGUUCAGUCAGUAAAUAAAGAAAGUGAAUCAUGGAUUGUUCCAAUAUUAAUAAACAAAACUCUUGUACCUUUGAAACUUGACACAGGUUCAGAUGUGAACAUAUUGGGUUACAAAGAUUUUCAAAACUUGUUGCAAAAGCCAAAACUAAACAGCAGUAAGGUUCUGUUGAAAGCAUAUGAUGGAGGAAAUGUACCGGUAAAAGGUCAGUGUGUACUGGAACUUUGCUACAAGGAUAGUCGAUACAGAGCAUUGUUUAUCAUCAGUGAUGAAGAUGUACGACCUAUUUUGGGCUGCAAGUCAUGCGAAAAAAUGGGUUUGGUGAAACGAGUACUGUCACUUGAACAUCACGUUGAAACGGAUAUCAAGGUAGAUGUAUUCAAGGAGUUUUCUGAUACAUUUGAAGGUCUUGGUUGUCUCCCAGGAAAAGUUAGCAUAAAACUGCAUAAUGAUGCAAUACCAGUUGUUGAGCCAUGUAGGAAAGUACCAUUUGCCUUAUAUGAUAAGCUCAAAGCAGAACUUCAUAAGAUAGAAGACAUGAAGGUGAUUGAAAAAAUUGAAGAGCCAACAGAAUGA